AAAAUCCACUCAUUCCUGUCUCUCUCCUUCCUCUCCCAAACACAUACCUAGCUACCUCCAUUGUGUUUGUGCUUUCUCCCCGUCCCCUUUGCCUCUGCUUCUGGGGGACUUCCCCCUCUUUUCCCUCGCCAGUUUUCUCUCCUCCCUCUUUCUCUCUUUCUCCAUCAUCUUUAUAUGUAUUUCUCUUUCUUUCCCUUCCUCCCAUUUCUUCUCCGGCGAACAAACCGCCAAAAAAGAAGACAAAUGUGCAUGAUCAAAAGGAUCAAUCCCUAAAAACGAAAAGGGUGCCUAGCCUUUACAAAGUUUAGCCUUUUCAACCUCAGCUAUACAUUUUUCCUUUUGCCUUCCCUUUUUCCAUCUUUCCCAUCAAGUUUGAGCAUAAAAAAAGAUCAUAAAGUUUGACUGAAGAAUACGAGGCUAGCUAUCCCUAGUACCAUAUCAAUCCUUUCUUCAUACUUUAUCGUAUUAAACUCCCAAGACAAAAAGAAUAAGAGGUAGAACAUGGCAUCUUCAUCAAAUUCUCCAUGCGCGGCCUGCAAAUUUUUAAGGCGGAAAUGCCAGCCGGAGUGUGUCUUCGCGCCAUAUUUUCCACCGGACCAGCCCCAAAAGUUCGCCAACGUCCAUAAGGUAUUUGGUGCCAGCAAUGUAACCAAGCUGCUCAACGAACUGCACCCAUCUCAGCGCGAGGAUGCGGUGAAUUCGCUUGCUUAUGAGGCGGACAUGCGCCUUCGCGACCCCGUCUAUGGCUGCGUGGGCGUUAUUUCCCUCCUCCAGCACCAGCUCCGCCAGCUACAGAUGGACCUGAGUAGCGCCAAGUCCGAACUCUCCAAGUACCAGAGCCUUGGCAUCACGGGCCACGCAGGCCUAAUCGCAGCAGCGGCUGCGGCUGCCUCUGCUACAACCACACACACUCACACGCACCACCAGAGCUUAGGAAUCAACUUUAUAGGCAGCGGCAGCGGUGGAGGGCGGGAACACCAGUAUCACCGCCAGUUCUUCCCUAGAGAUCAUCCACAGCAAAUGAUCAGAACCUUUGAUUCUGGAAACAACUAUGACGCCAACCUUCUUUCCAUGAAUAACAUCUCCACAGGGAUUGGACAAUUGAGUCAGUUCCAGCAACCUAGAGCUGCCACCGGAGAUGACCGGCGUACAAUUGAUCCCUGAGUUAGUGUUUCUCAAUUACUUAAUGGUAACAGGAUUAAUUUGCAGGAUUUUGAAGGAAGAGAAUUUUCAAUGUCGAAGGGAAGAAUACUAGAAAAAAAAAAAAAAGGAGGCAUGCAUGCAUGUAUGGCGUUUAUGAUGUAUUAAAAAAUACUAAUUGAA